UGUUUCUUUUGGGUUUUUUUCAGAUGGCAAGUAAGCCUUGUGCCAGGUAAAAUUCCAGGCAUACUCAGCAUGUCAGCUGGAAUAAGUCCCUUACAGCGGUUCAAGAAAAAGGAAUAAAAGAAUCACUUCCACAGCUAUGGCCACACCAAGGAAGGUUCUGCAUUCCUCCCCUCCCGACGGAGGCUGGGGAUGGAUGAUUGUUGUUGGCUGCUUUCUGGUUACUAUCUGCACUAGGGCUGUGACAAGAUGCAUCUCAAUAUUUUUUGUGGAAUUCCAAACCUACUUUGCUCAGGAUUAUGCCCGAACAGCAUGGAUCCAUUCCAUCGCAGACUGUGCUACAAUGCUCUGCGCCCCACUUGGAAGUUUUAUCAGUAAUCGUGUGUCCUGUCAAGUGGGCAUCAUGCUGGGAGGAAUGCUUGCAUCUACAGGACUAAUCCUGAGUUCAUUUGCCACAAGCCUGGAGCACCUCUACCUGUCACUAGGAGUUCUUACAGGGCUUGGAUUUGCACUCUGUUAUUCUCCAGCCAUAGCAAUGGUGGGCAAAUAUUUCAACAAAAGGAAAGCACUGGCUUAUGGGAUAGCCAUGUCAGGGAGUGGCAUCGGUACCUUCAUUCUGGCUCCUGUGGUCCAGCUCUUAAUUGAACAGUUUUCCUGGCGUGGAGCAUUACUAAUCCUGGGAGGUUUUGUUUUAAACCUCUGUGUCUGUGGUGCUUUAAUGCGGCCUAUUACUCUUAAGGAGGACCAUGAAAACCCUUCUGAAUUGCAUAAACAGGAAUAUGUCUCCAAAGCACAGAAGCAAGACUUAAAGCAGAUAUCCAUGUGUUCACCUUUAAUGAAAGAAUGGUCCCAUGAAUGUCUAUGUCAUUGCUCAUGGCAGGAGUACAACUUUUUGCUGAUGCCAGACUUCAUGGUGCUAGCAGUGUCUGUUUUGUUUAUGGCAUAUGGUUGUAGCCCUCUCUUUGUCUACCUAGUGCCGUAUGCUCUGAGUGUUGGUGUAAGUCAUCAGGAGGCUGCUUUCCUUAUGUCUAUACUUGGUGUCAUUGACAUCAUUGGCAAUAUCACCUUUGGAUGGCUAACAGACAGAAGGUGUCUGAAGAAGUAUCGACAUAUUUGCUACCUCUUUGCUGUGGGAAUGGAUGGCCUCUGUUGUCUCUUCCUACCUGUUCUCCAAAGCUUCCCUCUGCUUGUGCCUUUCUCAUUUACCUUUGGGUAUUUUGAUGGAGCCUAUGUAACACUGAUUCCUGUUGUGACAGCAGAUGUGGUUGGAACUCCUUCCUUAUCAUCAGCCCUAGGCGUGGUGUAUUUUCUUCAUGCAGUACCAUACCUACUGAGUCCACCCAUUGCAGGUUGGCUGGUGGAUACAACUGGCAGCUACACUGCAUCAUUCCUUCUCUGUGGAUUUUCUAUGAUAUUCAGUUCAAUACUACUAUGCUUUGCAAGACUAGCAAAGAAAAUCAAAAGAACACACUUGAGGUCACUUGCCAAAGAUGCUAAUAUCAAGCAGCAAAUUUGGACAAAUGGAACAAUAGCUUAUUCUGUAGCAGGUGAAUUAGACCAAAAGGAUGUGGAAAUGUUGGCCAUUGACACAAACAGCUACUGCAAUAGAUGACAGGUAUCAUCAAGUUUCUAUAGAAAACACUGCUAUGACUAGUGGCUGCAUGUAUUGGAAACAUCUCCAUCGAAAACAUAUUUCCCAAUAAAACAAAAGAAAUAAAUCAUCUAUCAACCAAAUUUUCUGUCAUAUUUUAGUAGUAUAAAAAUAGUCAAAUAAAACCAAGGAAAGCUCUCCAUUUACAGUGUCUAUAGGAUGAUUUCUAAUUCAAUAAUGCUGGCUCCACAGAUAACAAAAAUGAACUACUCAGGUAAUUGAUCAUAAUCAGAGGUAAUUUACAUGACAGUCAAGAAGCAAAACUGAUAGAAUUUAUGGUGAAACAAUUUUUAAAACAGUGCCUAUGAAAUAUGCUUUUCAGUGUUAAUCAGGGGACUAGUUUAAAAAAGUUUGAAAUUUAUCAGCAAUUGUCAAACUCUUUGAAAACAACUACAAUAAUCACUGUCAUUGUAAGAAACUGCUGGAAAACGGUAUUCUAUUUCGCAUAUAUUAUUAGCUGAACAAGUCUCUGAAGCAGCUUUAAUUUACAUGGUGCCUAAAUUUUCUGUGUAACUCGAAUGUGUUUUUAUAUGAAACACAGUUCUCAUGACUUUCUCCCCAACUCUGUUGAUCAAAUGUUGCCAACACCAAUAUGAAAGUUCCCUGGAGCCUCAAUUUCUGAGGGAUAACGUUCCAGCCAAGCUCUUUCAGACAAUAUCCUGUGCUGCUGUUCCAUGUCUGAGAAGGUCUGAGGAAGUCCGUGACUGCCUACCAGCCUGGCUUUGGAGAUCAGAAGGCUUAGGCUGUCUUUCCAGUGCGGUAAUGCAUGCAGCUGUGCAGAUGUACAUGUAAAGCGGCUGAAGCAGAUGCUGAUAGGCUGGAAUGCAUAUCUGACGCAGAGGCAGAUUGUGUGGCCUGCAUACUCCACAAGAUGGCAAAUCUCCCCUUGUAAAAACAGCAACCACUAAGGAAAUGUGGGGAUCAGUGCUCACAGACAGCUGAGGAACCUCCCUCUCCACAUCUCACUAACAGCCACAGCCUGCUGUUGGAGGCAGAUAAGCACUCAGGAUUGUAAUGACAGGUUCUUCUCUGUCAAGUUCAGUGGCCCAGAUCCUCAGUCGGUGCGUCGGCUGUGUGGGACAGGAGACAACAGCUGAUCUUGGAUGCUUAUUGAAGCUCAUUGUGUUGGGAAAGGAAUACAGUUGCAGGCUUCAUAAAAGCCAUUGAAGGAGUAGCUUGAGGACUAUAUUAAAUGAUGGUACACUUAAACAUUUCCCAAAUGUUGAUGAUAUUACAAAUGGGUGCCACUCUGAUCCCUUCCCCAUGCCUGAUCUGCUUCUUGCCCUGUGCUCCCUGCACAACCUGCUGCCCUGCUUUCUGCUUCCUGCCCUAUCUGCCAGUGUGCUGCCUGUACCCUCACUUAUCUGCCAUGUGCCACACACAGAGGCUGGCUCUACCAAUUCUGGUAUGCACUGUAGGUUGGCCACCUAUGAUUUAAAACAAAAGUAACAAAUAAAAAGAUACAGCUUUGGGGCACUA